AUGACCGAGGACAAGAUCGAACUGCAACUGGAACCGGGCUCUGAGAAUGCCGAAACUUAUGAGAUGGGCGAUGCUCAGGAGGUCAACGAGCUUCGCCGCGAUUUGCGACCUAGUCACGUUUUUAUGUUCUCCAUCGCAUGCUCCAUCGGAACAGGCCUUGUCAUCGGGUCCGGACAAGCAUUAGCCAGGGGCGGCCCUGGAAGUGCUCUGCUCGGAUAUGUUACCAUUGGCUCUGUGGUCUUUUCAGUGAUGACGGCCCUUGGCGAAAUGGCGGCUUUUCUUCCGAUGAACAAGGGAUUUGGUGGAUAUGCCACUCGAAUGGUUGAUCCAGCUCUAGGUUUUGCGACCGGCUGGAACUAUUUUUUCAAAUACAUCAUCGCAGCCCCCACGAAUCUCACCGCUGCUGGGCUUGUCAUUGAGUACUGGAGACCCGACUUGAACGUGGCGAUCUGGAUUGCAGUGUUUGGUGUUAUUGUAGUCACCGUCAAUCUCUUCAACGUCCGGGUUUUCGGAGAGGUUGAGUUCUGGGCUGGUGGCAUCAAGGUCUGUAUCAUGAUUAUCCUUAUCUUGACCUGCUUUAUUGUUGCUGUUGGUGGAGGGCCAAAUCACCAUGCAUCCGGAUUUGGAUAUUGGAACAGUCCAGGUGCAUUCGCUGAAUAUCUUCUGACCGGCCCCAAAGGUCGACUUUUGGGGUGGUGGGCGUGUAUGCGUCAAGCGUGCUUUGCAUUCACAGGGACUGAAGUCGUCGGUAUGACAUUUGGAGAGAUGCCGGAUCCUCGCAAAAACGUCCCUCGAGCUGUCAAGCAGACCUUUUGGAGAAUAUUUUCCUUCUACAUUCUUGGGAUUCUCGUGCUUGGAAUGGCGCUUCCUUACGACAGCAGUGAUCUCCUCAGUGCAACCAACAGUUCAACCAAUGCUGACGCAAGUCCCUUCGUCGUUGCUAUCCGAAAUGCAGGUAUCAAGGUUUUGCCCGAUUUUACCAACGCGUCUCUUUUGGUUUUCACAUUGAGCGCAGCAAGUUCAGACAUUUACUGCGCAUCCCGAUCACUUUACGGACUUGCUCGCGACCGACAAGCCCCCGCGAUUCUUUCAAAAACAGUUGGAAAGGGAAUCCCGAUAUUUGCAACCUCCAUUUCAGCUGCCUUCAUUGCACUUGGCUUCAUGAAUGCAAGCAAGUCAUCCUCUUCAGUCUUCGAUGACCUUGUAUCUUUAGUCACAGUUUUUGCUGCCUUGAACUGGCUGGCGAUCUUGGUAUCCCAUAUAGGCUUUCGCCGAGGACUUGCUCGACAAAAUAUCGCAGUGUCCGAGCUUCCAUAUGUCGGAUUUUUGCAGCCAUAUGCAAGCUACUAUGCGCUGACUGUUACGACAAGGAAUCUUUCUGCUAACGAAGACCAAGGGUAUAAUGCAUUCAUCCCUCACUUCAAGAUAGACAUUUUUAUUUUGAGCUACCUCGGGAUACUUUUGUUUAUCCUUAAUAUUUUUGGGUGGAAAUUCUGGAAAAGGACAAAGCGCGUGCGUGGAUCGACAAUGGACCUGAUGACAGGCCGUAGAGAGUAUUAG